AUGCAGCUCGUCCAGACUACUGCUGCUGCCGCAUGGAUCUUGCUCAGUACAGCGCUUGUGGCAGCGGACACCCCGACGCAUUGCUCCCUCGACGACCUGGACUCGUUGAAGCACUCUCUCCAUGGCAACGACAUGCAAAAGCUCUGCGAAACUGACAUUGGCGACUCCUUGGACAGACUACUCGCUGGCAGCAUUACGCAAGCGCAAGCCGAUGCAUUUUCAAACAGCACUGCUUGCAGAUCGGAGUACGAGACGAUCGUGACUAGUGUCGCGACAGCUGCCUCGACGUGCGUCGAACUCCGUACUUACCUGCCCCGUGUCACCUGGACCAUGGUGACAAGUGUGGUUGAACUAGUCGCUUAUCCCCGUGCUUCUGUCGACUGCGACCUCGACGCAUUGCAAUCCAAAGGCAUGACCCUCUCCACGAGCUCCAACCUCCUUCCGUGUCUCGCCGCGACUGGCCUUGCCUCGACCUUCAUGACGCACACAACGCCUGAGUCGGCGCAGUGGACACUCGCAGGACAGACACCAUCAUGCCGUGCGCUAUUUAACGAAGCCAAGGCGCUGAUAAUGGCGCUUCCGCCCUGCAACCUCCGAGGAAUCAACACCCACGCAGUAGACCACGUCGAAAUAGACCAAGUCGUGCCUUGGUUGGUGCUGGCCACUGACAUUCAAUACACUCCAAACCUUUUUGAAACAGCCCGUGCGCUAUGGGCAGCGACAUCCAAGCAACACGAAGCCCUCCAAGCGCAAGUUGAUGGGAGUUGGGUCAUCGGGCUAGCGGCUCUCGCAGCACUCGUUCUCCACUUGAGGCGUGGCCAGACUGCAACCUCGUCAACGGGCCACCGACACGAGCGCACUGCCUUGCUGCACCGACGAAAUGCACAGAGAUAA